AUGGCGGCUGCUAGUUACCCCGAAUUCACUGCAGGUCCAACAUGGAUACGUAAAAUGCGUACCCUAUUCCGUCGGCUCGACUCCUCUGGACAUGGUUACUUAAUGGUUGAUGAUCUCCUAGAAGUUGGAACGUCAAUAUUCAAUGUUUAUCCUAAAAUGGCAGCGUAUAAAUACGAUGAAUUAGUCAAAAUGUUAGUAUACAUGUGGUAUCAAGUCAUUUGUACACAUGUACCACGUCAGUCAGCGACUACAAUGAAUUUAAAUGAGUCAAUAUUUGUAGAUAAUAUGACAAAAGCAAUGAAAGGUAAAUUUCGUGAACAAUUCGAUGAACAUUUUAUCACUCCAAUGUUUUGUGCUAUGGAUCAAGAUGAUGAUGGUAAGAUAACUGGACCAGAAUUUCAAACCCUGAUGGUUGCAUGGAAAUCAGUACCGAAAGAUUGUGAGCUAAUCUUUAAAAUGCACGCUGAUGCAGGUCGAAUGAAUAAAGAGAACUUUUUAAAAAUUUUUGUUGAUUUCUUUAUGUCGGAUGAUGGAAAAAGUAAAGCUGUACGGCUAUGGGGACCACUGUUAAAUUAUAAACGUGCUGAAGACUAUGGUACACUUGAUUGUGGACCUGUAUGGGAGGGGAAAAUGCGUACCAUGUACAGACGCUUAGAUGUCAAUGAAACAAUGAAAUUACGUUGUCAUGAUUUAUUACAAAUUGGUCAAUUUCUUGUUCAAAGAGCUCACUUGGAUAGAAGACGUUCAGAUGCUGUUAUGCGUGCCAUGUUACAUAUAUGGGUGAAAUUUUUAGCUGUAGACAAAGCUGGUGAACAUUUAGACGAGAUUAGAGAAAUUGAAUUUGUUCAUAAUAUGAGAGAAAUGAUCAAUGGAGAAUUUCGUCAUGAAAUAGAUCAAUUUGGAUGGACAUUCUUCAAAGCUAUUGAAGUUGACAAUAGUGGUUUUAUAUCACAAGCAUCCUAUCGAACUUUACAAGAGGCUUGGCAUGUUGGACGGGAAGAAGCUGAAGGAAUGUUUAAAAUGAUUGACAAUGAUAAAGACGGAAAAAUCAGCAGUGAUGAAUUUCUUACUGCAUGGAAUGAAUAUUUUCUCAGUGAAGAUCCACAAAGUCCGUAUAGAAUGUUUUUUGGACCAGUUAUUUCAAGACCAACAGAAGCCCGAUAAAUACACAUCAAGUUAUAUCCUUCAUGCCGCCCUGUCCCUAUUGCCUUCUGAAAGGUGAAAAUUGAAAAUUUAGAAUGAAAAAAAAGCGUUCUAUUCUUAACAAUAUUCUCUUAGACUAUAUAUACAUAAAUAUCUAUUAUGCUGCUACCACUGAAAUUCGCCUUAUUUUAGCUUGAUUUAUUCGUUUGUACGAAACACUCUUUGUGUUUAUAUAUAUAAACAAACACUACUUGAUCAUUCUGUAUGAAAUCAACACUCUGAUUGUCUCAAGCAAAAAGACAUCAGUAGUUUUUUUUUAUUUUCCACACCUUUAGAUUUUGAUCUACUUACUUAUUUGCUUUACCGCUUCAAAAUGGUCAGACAAAAAGUUGAAGACCUACACUGUUGAACUGAUUUGCAUAAGAAGGUGCAGUUUUAUCAAUACAACGACAGCAGCAGUUUUUGUCUUCUUUUGUCUAAGUAAUUAUUAUUACCACGAACCAUGUGAAUUUGACUUUGAAAAGAAUUCAUAGCUGUCAAAUGAUAUCGCAGAAAUGCAUAUCUUGAUUCGCAGUGAAUCGUCGAUGGCUGGAUUUCUGGAUUUCUGUUCUCUCCUUUCUACUUCUGCUCACUCUGCGUCAUUUUAGAUGCGCUCUGUGAGGCACACGCACACACAACUUUAGCUUAUGGUUUUUGUUGUCUUUAUCUUUCUGGUAGUAUUCCAAUUGAUUCACUACAACUUUGAAAUAGUUCAACGAUAUGUUACUGCAUGUAUUACAAUAAGGUUUCUUUGACAUUUGAAUAUUACUCAACAAGAAAAAGAUAUAUACAUAGAAUAAAGUUCUG